GGUUGAGCCCCGGCUUUUUCCUGCGGGGCGGGCAGGAGGCGGUGCAGAGCGGCAGCCCAUCGCUCCCCCCUCCCGCAGCGCCAGCUCGGAUUGGCAAAGGAGGGGCUUCGUUGCCGCGGCCGCCACCGCCACAAGCCGGGCUGCGCGAACAGGGAGCGGCCGUUCGGCUCGGCUGGAGAGCAGCUUUUCGCGGGGAGCGGGAUCCCAGCACCAUGACGGGGCCCCGGGGGCUCGCGCUUCUCCUCCUCCUCCUCCUCCUCCGCCUGCUAGGCGGCCGCACCGAGAGGACCCGCCAAGCUCCAGGCAUAAACUCUGCGGGGAAGCCCACCAGCUCAUUUUCCCACCGUGAGGAGCUCACAAGCAGCACCUUUCUCAGGAGGAAGACUGGGCCCUCCAGAUACCCCACCCCGGAGAGUCUGAAGCAAAUGCCAGAAGAGUCCCUGGAUGCUCUGGCUCCCAAGCUGGCCUUGCCCUCAAAGGGGGCCUCCUUGGGGCCCACCGCACGACCAACCCCUCCUGCCAGGAAGAAGCAGGAGAACCAGCGGCUGAAGCUGGCCACCAACCCCAGGCCCUUUGUGGAGAGCCGGCAGCCCCCGGAGGAUUUGGGGGAAGGGCUCCCCGCAUCUCUGGAUGAGAAGCCCACCAUGCCUGUGGGGGACGGCAGGGAAAGCAGCCUCGCUGUGACCAGCCAUUCUUCGUUCCAGAUCUCUCCUUUCACAGUUCUGCCAGCGACCCAGGGUCCUAGUACUUCUCCUCGAGGGGUGACCGAGACCCUUGAAAAGGAAGCCGUGAUCCUGCCCAAUAGCCCACCCGAGAGUGCCGAGGAUGAGGUUGUGAAGGGGGGAUCUUCCUCUAGGGAAGAGGGCCAAGAAGCGACUUCUGCCAUCGUGAGCCCCCCAGAACAGCUGCCGAGUCUCUGCAGCAUGAAUUUCUCUGAACCGGAGGGCUACAUCGACUCAGCCGAGGCUCCGCUGGUGUCCCAGAACGACUUCCUGGAGUGCACCUUCCGUGUGACAGUGUACACCGGAUAUGGUGUGGAGCUGCAGGUGAAGAGCGUGAACCUGUCCGAGGGGGAAGUGCUGGCCAUUCGCGGGGAGGACGACGGCCACUUGGUCACACUGGCCAACCAGACCCUCCUGGUAGAAGGCCAGGUCAUCCGCAGCCCCACCAACACCAUCUCGGUCCUCUUCCGAGCCUUCCCGGAUGGCCUUGGGACUUUCCAGCUGCAUUAUCAAAUAUUUAUGCUGAGCUGCAGCUUCCCACGGAGGCCCAAUUUCGGGGAGGUGGCCGUCAUGGGCCUGCACUCGGGGGGCCUGGCUCAUUUUAACUGCCACCUGGGCUACGAGCUGGAGGGGCCCCAGAGCCUGACCUGCCUCAAUGCUUCCAAGCCGCACUGGAGCGCCCUGGAACCUAUCUGCUCAGCCCCCUGCGGAGGCACCGUGCGCAAUGCCACCAUUGGCCGCAUCUUGGCACCAACCUCUCCGAGGAGCCCCUCGGGCAGUGUGGCUUGUGUGUGGAUGGUCAGCGCCCCUGAGGGGCAGAAGCUCCACCUGCACUUUGAGAGGCUGGUCCUGGGGGGCAAACAACGAAUGGUGGUCUACGGCGGAGAAUCGAACCGCUCAGCUGUGCUCUACGAUUCUCAGCAGGGCAGCAACGUGCCCUUCGAAGGAGUCAUCAGUGAAGGAAACGCCUUGCGUGUUGACUUCACCUCGGACGACCCCGACGGAGAGCCCACCUUCAACAUUCGAUUCGAAGCCUUUGAGAAGGGCCACUGCUACGAGCCCCACCUGCAGAAUGGCAACUUCACCACCUCUGAUGCCACCUACAACCUUGGAGCAAUCGUGGAGUUCACCUGCGACCCCGGCCACAGCCUGGAGCAGGGGCCCGCGGUCAUUGAGUGCAUCAACCUCAGGGACCCCUACUGGAACGACACGGAGCCCUUGUGCCAAGCCACCUGCGGAGGAGAGCUCUCCACGGCGGCUGGAGUCAUCCUGUCCCCCAACUGGCCAGAGCCCUAUGCGGAGGGCGAGGACUGCAUCUGGAAGGUUCACGUGGAGGAGGAGAAGCGAAUCUUCCUGGACAUCCAGCUCUUGAACCUGAGCCAGAGUGACAUCCUCACGGUCUAUGAUGGGGAUGACCUCAACAGCCACAUCCUGGGCCAGUUCCUGGGCAGCAGCGGGCCCCAGAAGCUCUACUCCUCCACGCCCGAUUUGACCAUCCAGUUCCACUCGGACCCGGCCGGCCUCAUCUUCGGGAAGGGGCAGGGCUUCACCAUGAGCUACAUCGAAGCCUCGCGGAACGAGUCCUGCUCAGACCUGCCAGAAAUCCAGAAUGGCUGGAAGACCACUUCUCACACUGAGCUGGUUCGGGAGGCCAAAAUUACCUACCAGUGUGACCCAGGCUACGAUAUUGUUGGCAGCGACACCCUCACCUGCCAGUGGGACCUCACCUGGAGCAGCGACCCCCCUUUCUGCGAGAAAAUCAUGUACUGCACGGACCCCGGAGAGGUGGAACACUCGACCCGCUUAAUUUCGGACCCGGUGCUCCUGGUUGGCACCACCAUCCAGUACACCUGCAACCUGGGCUUUGUGCUUGAGGGGAGCUCCCUUCUCACCUGCUACAGUCGGGAGACAGGAACCCCCAUCUGGACCUCGAGGCUGCCCCGCUGCGUGCCAGAGGAAUCCCUGGCCUGCGACAACCCAGGUCUCCCCGAAAACGGGUACCAGAUCCUCUACAAACGCCUGUACUUGCCGGGCGAGUCGCUGACCUUCAUGUGCUACGAAGGCUUCGAGCUGCUCGGGGAGCUGACCCUCAAGUGCAUUUUGGGGCAGCCCUCCCGGUGGAGUGGGCCGCUCCCCACCUGCAAAGUCAACCAAGACAGCUUUGAACAUGCCUUGGAAGUAGCAGAAGCUGCUGCAGAAACGUCCUUGGAGGGAGGCAACAUGGCACUGGCCAUCUUCAUCCCCGUUCUUGUCGUUUCCUUGCUGCUGGGGGGCGCCUAUGUCUACAUCACGAGAUGUCGCUACUAUUCCAGUCUGCGGCUGCCCCUCAUGUAUUCACAUCCAUACAGCCAAAUCACGGUGGAGACGGAGUUUGAUAAUCCAAUUUACGAGACGGGGGAAACCCGGGAAUACGAGGUGUCCAUCUGAAGCAGCCCCUGACACACCCCACCUCGACUUCCACCCCCAAUAUCUCCUCAAGGGACCCACUUGGAGAUGUGGUGGAAUCUGCCCGAGAGCUUGAACCCGCUGCUCUCCUUUCGCUUUCCAUCCAGCUGUGCCCACUUCUUCCUCCUUGUCUUGGUGGACCCUCCCUCAGUGAUCUCUCAAGCCUCAUGGCGGGUGCUGAGCUCAGGCUUUGCUGGCAUGGAGCUGAGUCCACUUGGCAACGCAGCUGCUCAUGUGGCCAACCACAAGGGACACCCUUGCUUGGUUCUUCUUCUGGGUCUUGUGGAUGUGUUUUGCAAACCUGCAAACCUGAGGCUCCCUCUGGCGAAGGAGUGAGACUUGGCUUGCCCACUGUGGCCAAAGCUCCGACCUCUUGGCAGGGCAGCUCUUCUCUUGGCCUCCUCUGGGCACAGCUGGUACCAUUUCUGCCUCUGCCUGAAUGGGGCAAGGAAGUGGAGCCGCCAGGGGAGACCCAGAAGCCCAGUCAAGGGAAACCCAUGCCUUUUCCCAUUUUUAUUUCGAGUGUGAGGUAUGAAUUGCAGCAGCCCCUUAGUCCGGAUGAGUGAGGAGGAAGAAGAUGCAAAGCAGGGGCUUUGGAAGAUGAAGGGCAGAGGACCUUUUGAGGGGGGCUCUCGGACAUGGUCCUUCUGAAGAAAUCCUUGGCCGUUGCAACCUCUCCUGGCCCUGAUAAUGUGCUGCCUCUGGGCAAGUUCCCCUUUGCACUGGAGCAUUCUUUGCGGGCUUUGGCAAAGGCAGCCCCUGGAGAUCUGCUAUCAGAAAGGAUGGAGAGAGGUGGUGGAUCAGGCCAUUGUCCCACCCACCUGGUCCCUUUCCCAAGCAGAACUGCUAGUGAUCCAGCUCAUUCCAGAGGCCUCUGGCACUGCCACCCACCCACCAGGUUGCAUCAGGAGCCCCGGGAACCUAAAUGUGACUUAAAAUGCAGGGGUGAAAGGUCAGCUGGAUGAGCUACAAGAACACCUGAGACAGGCUGACACCACCCCCUCCCCACCCAUGCACACACUUGGAGUUGUGUCCAGGACAAAUACCCCCCCCCAAGUGACUCGGCUGCUUGUCCUGCUGGACGCCUCUGCCCUGGAACAAGUCGGGUUUUAAGGAGGAGAAAGAGAAGGGCCAAAUGGGCUCCCUGCUGCCCCUCUUUCCAUGGAAACGUGAUGAGGACAGAAGACUUUGCCCCUCCCCCUUGCCCCUCAGCCCCCCCUCCCCUGCUCAAGCCCACUCUUGUUACCUGGAUGAACUGGAGGAGGAAGAUAUUGGGCUGGUUUAUCCCCGUCUUUGUAAAAACAGUGAAAAUGUAACCAUGACAAUUUUUUAAAACAUGUCUGUUUUAGAUUAGAAAUCCAAGCUGGUACAUCUCUGCAGGUGUCAAGGAUUUGGGUGUGUGUGGGUGGCUGUGUUUUUCCCUCCUUUUAAAGCAUACAGGCCGCCCUCCCCCCCUCCCUCCCCCUCCUGUGAAAGUGUAUUGUGGUUUGCGAAGGCUGGGAAAGGCAGUGUGCCAAGAAGCAAAUGUACACAACUUCUCUCCUUUUAUAAGUGUGAUGGGAUUAAAUAUUUUUGAAGAUGA